UUGACAUUAAAAUGUAAAGUUAAAAGUUAUUUGUCGGACAAUCUGAUAUAACCUAUGCCCUAAAUAAAAGUUUAUUUUAGAUAAGUGAAAACACUUGAAAUAAACCAAUAGGCAUCAAACCGGCAAUACUUUUGAUUAAUUUUUAAAAAAGCUUUACAAUGGUUGUCUCGGAAGAAGCCAACCCUCCCGUAGAGGGAGAAGCGCCGAGCAAGAAAGCAGCAAAGAAAGCGGCGAAAGCUGCUGAGAAACAGCAGAAGAAGGCUGAACAUAAGGGUGCGAACCCAGCGCAAAACGAGACGUCCGAACCGGAUAUAUCGCAGGGACUGUACGGUGUGUACAAACUGAUAAACUCUGACGGAGACCACAGAGACAGGGUCUAUGUGGAUGUGAAGGAUUUGAGCGAAAAGGUGGUCGGCCAGACCGUGUGGGUACGAGCUCGCCUCCAAACAACAAGAGCGAAGGGGAAACAGUGUUUCGCAGUGCUGCGACAGAAUUCCAGCACUGUACAGUUGCUUAUCAGCGUCAGCGAUGAAAACAGCGUCAGCAAGCAGAUGGUCAAGUUUACUGGCAACAUAACAAAGGAGUCAAUAGUGGACAUCCAAGCGACUGUAGUGAAGACGGGCGCAGCGGUGGAGUCGUGCACGGUGCAGCGGCUCGAGCUGAGCGGGCGGCAGGUGUGGGUGGUGUCGCCUGCGCGCGCGCAGCUGCCGCUGCAGAUCGAGGAUGCGGCGCGACCGGAGAUAUCUGAUGACCCCGAAGCCCUCAAGAUAAGAGUAAACCAAGACACUAGGUUAGACAACCGUGUCCUAGACCUGCGCACACCAGCCAACCAAGCGAUCUUCCGCAUAGAAGCAGGCGUUUGCAGGCUCUUUAGGGACAUACUUACACAACGGGGUUUCGUUGAAAUCCACACGCCGAAGAUAAUAUCGGCCGCGUCGGAGGGCGGCGCGAACGUGUUCACGGUGUCCUACUUCAAGUCGUCCGCGUACCUGGCGCAGAGCCCGCAACUCUACAAGCAGAUGGCGAUCGCGGCCGAUUUCGAUAAAGUGUUCACGGUAGGCGCUGUGUUUCGUGCGGAGGAUUCGAACACGCAUCGCCAUUUGACCGAAUUCGUCGGUUUGGACCUCGAGAUGUCGUUCAAGCAGCACUAUCACGAAGUGCUCGACACAAUUGGGCAAACUUUCACCGACAUGUUCAGGGGACUGCAAGAACAAUUCGCUUCGGAAAUAGCGACGGUCGGCCAGCAGUACAAGGUGGAGCCCUUCAGGUUCCUCGACCCGCCGCUCAGGCUGGAGUUCCCGCAGGCUGUUCAGAUGCUGAAGGAGGCUGGUGUGACUCUCGGCGAUGAGGACGAUCUAUCGACACCGGACGAGAAGCUGUUGGGUCGGCUGGUGAAAGCGAAGUACGACACCGAUUUCUAUAUAUUGGACAAGUAUCCUUUGGCCGUCCGUCCGUUUUACACUAUGCCCGAUCCUAACAAUCCGAAAGCGUCGAACUCGUAUGACAUGUUCAUGCGCGGCGAAGAGAUACUCAGCGGCGCUCAGCGGAUACACGACCCGGAGUUCCUAACCGCGAGGGCGAAGCACCACGGGAUUGACAUCGAUAAGAUAGCAGCGUAUAUAGAAUCGUUCAGAUUGGGCUGUCCACCACACGCAGGUGGCGGUAUUGGUCUAGAAAGAGUGGUUAUGUUGUAUCUAGGUCUGGACAACAUUAGAAAGACCUCAAUGUUCCCGCGCGACCCUAAACGAGUCACACCUUAAUUAUCUGUACACAACUUUUUAUAAUCUGCGCUUAUUAAAGUUUUUUUAAUAUAA